CGUUCUAAAUUUACACAGAGACGUUUAAAACAAUUACCGUUUAAUUACUAAUAAUUGUGAAUUUUAUCGUUUAGCAAAAGCUUGGUUUCAUUAGUUCCGUAUCAGUUUCAUUCAAGUUCAGUUAUCGAACUGUUUUAAUUCGUGAAGUUCGGUGGUAUCUUGGAUUCCGGUCGACAUUUUCUUGUUGCAUUUUCUUGAACGAGAGCAGGGUGUCGUACUAGCGUGCGAAAAACGUAUGUGCAGCUUACGACUCUGAACGAGCUUUUUAAGUUUUCGUUUCACUUUUUUUUUUCCUUGUUCCGUUUCAAAAACAAAAAAUAUCCGAUUGUCAGUUCUGUUGAGUGAGAAGCGGUUGUUCUAGUUGUAAUAUUGAUUAAACGGUACUGUUAAAGUCGUGCUUCGUUCAUAAUUUCCUUACGCUGGAAAUCAGUGCUUAAAAUGCUGAAAAUUUUGCACAGGAAAAUCCAUAGGAAGGCGCUGAAUGGCAAAUACAAAAAUAGGUGAUGAGUUGCAAAAGGGAAUUUCCCAAGAGCUGAUCUGGUAUGCAGUGGAGGAAAUUGGCUCGAUAUAAGAUCAGCUCUGGUCGUUCGCGCACGCGCAGUAUGCUUUGCUGCGGACGUAGAACGAAGGAAAAUGUGCGAGAGGCCCUUGAUCUCACAGCCUCUCCGUUACGAGGACAACCACAAAAUAGUCGCGCCAACCAUCCGCCCAUGGUUAUACAGGGGGACUUUAGAAAGGUGUCAGGGAUCAGUAGCGAAAUUUUCAAGCAGAUAGAGACUGUUGAAAAUGACCAUGAUGCCUCAACAGCCGCUGCUUUGGAGGCCGUGGAGAGAAGGGGUGAGAUGAUAGUUCGCAUCCUGGACUCCCGUCAACUGGGCAGGGCAGCGGGGGAAGCAGCGAAACGCUUCCUGGCGAUGCAGGAUGCCAAACACACGGUACAAUUUGUCGAAAUUGUAAAACGUCCGGGUCAAACGUUGGGACUUUACAUUCGGGAAGGCAACGGCAUCGACAGGAACGACGGCGUUUUCAUAUCACGGAUAGCCCUCGAAUCUGCCGUAUACAACAGUGGUUGCCUUAAGGUGGGAGACGAAAUUCUAGCUGUAAAUUUAGUAGACGUAACUAGAAUGAGCCUGGACGAUGUAGUUAUAAUAAUGUCAAUACCGAGAAGAUUGGUCCUUGCAACGAGACAGAGAAAGGGCAGUAAGGGAGGACAGGGUUCGCCCAGUGUACAACCGCGAUCCGAACACAAACAACCACCUGUCGUCGUCAUAAAACGGGACAUACGGGAAGAGGAUCAGGACGAUGGUGAUUUAAGUCAAAGCAGAGACCGAGAUAGGGACAGGGACUCUUCAAUUCGUCGUCAUGGAGAUGGACGCGAGACGAGUGAGUCCCGAUCACGGUCUCUCGGUUUGGGCAUCUCUUCGAUGGAUUCACGGCAUUCGCAAGAGUCAAACGGACUAGAUUUGUAUUAUAAUUCAAGACCGCCCGACUCGUCCGGUUCCUCUUGGGGCUAUCAGCCGCCGCCUCCUGUUAUUACGGAACAACCCAAAUCGAGCAUGCAACACUUUCAACCCUACGAAAGGACCUAUCCGAACACUCUCGAAAGCUUAGCGGAAAAAGUUCAUUCAUUUGCACUUCCUGGCCGUAGAAUGAGUGUCGGAACACAGCCAUUAUCAUCUUCAAGAUUGUCCCAGCAAAGUCCGCACUAUUAUGUUCAACAUCCUAGUACUGGCUCAAGAAGGAUAAUGCCUAGAUCCGGUUCAGACCAACAUUUACCCCACACGGAGUACGCGGAUUACACAAGUAUCACCCCCGCUGGACGGCAUAGUUUACUUAGAUCAAGUUUAAAAUCUGGAUCAACUCUUAGCAGCAGAUAUAAUCAAAGAUAUGUUGAUCAAACACCACAAAUGAGUGGACCAAAAUACGGAACGGCAACGAUGAGUCAAUAUGGUACACCUGGAACAGCAGGAACACUCAGCAGAAGGACAAGAGGUAGCUUGGACUAUUCAAGUGAUACGGAAGCUACUCUCGGUCCUAGAAGCAGUUAUUACUACUACAGGAACCAAGGCGUAAUACCGCACAGCACAAUUCCCACACUGGGUCGAAAUAAUUCGCUAACGGCUGCAGACAUAAGCACCAAGUUCAAUUCAUUGCCCCGCGAUUCAGCCCGGGGUUCAACGACGAGGUUGAGCGCCAUGAAUAAAAGAUUCGGAGAUCGAAGCGUCUCGCUGGUACACGACGAAUCUGACGGCACCCUGUCUGCCCCCGAAAUGCCUUCGAUACGAAAAGAUAGGGGGAGAAUACCAUCCGCUGGAGUGUUCACUUCAGAUGAAUACCGUCAAUGGCUGAGUCGUACCCCUUCGACUUCGGCAAUAUACGAACAAAUAAGGGCGUCUAGGGACGUCCUGAAUCAACAACGGGCGGCCAGAUUCACUUACAGCGCCGAGAACAUACAUCAGGCAUUGAAAAAUGCCGAAGGAAGUUAUUACGGUGCAUACGGAAGACCGGGGACAACUUCGACACUUGACAGGCAUUUCACGCGAACUCAACACCCAACAGUGCCUGCUCGAUCUUUAUCAACACAACAUAUUACCUCAUCCACAUCAGCAUUAUCAUCAUCGAGGUCUCCAUCAAUGCGUCGGAUGAGACAACUGUUAGAUUUAGAUUCUGGAAGGGCUGCAGCCGCCCCAAGCCCAGUACCAACUCCCAGUGGCACAUUACCACGAGGACAACGCCAGCUGGAUAUCAACCCUGCUGAAUUCUUAAAGUAUAAAAUAGACAAACCAGGAGGUGUCGGUGGAACAGGACUUCCCAUGAGCGGUACACUUCCGUCGACUGAUGAACCCGUAAGCGGUAUGCUUUGGGUUCAUUUAUUAGCAGGAAGAGGUCUCAGACCAUCCACUGGUGGCUCUACAGCUACUACCCCUGUGACACCAAGCGGAAGUACGCCUAGUAUAGGCGGUUCUGGAACCCUACGGGACCUUUACUGCGUUUUGGAAUGUGAUAGAGUUCAUAAAGCUAGGACAGUUGUUAGAACAGGAGACCUCGUAUUUGACUGGGAUGAAAGUUUCGAGUUAGAUCUGGUGAACAAUCGCGAAUUGGAUCUUCUUGUGUAUUCGUGGGAUCCACAAUAUCGACACAAACUCUGUUACAAGGGAUCUGUUCAUCUGCCAUCGUUACUAAAAACGGGGCCGUUACACCAACUCGCCCUGAAAAUCGAGCCGAGGGGGACGCUUUACCUACGAUUAAGGUACACCGACUCGCACACUGUCUACCGAAGGAAAGCCGUUUCUAGUAUAAGUUUGACGAGAACAACGAACCCUCCCCUGUUUGGGGUCGACUUGGAAACAGUCGUUAGUAGAGAAUCUAGGACAGGAGGAGUACCCGGGGGAGUUGCUACUGGUUUAAUUGCGGGCACAUUACAAGUUCCUUUAAUCGUUAAACGAUGUGUUGAAGAAGUUGAGAGGAGAGGUUUAGACAUUAUAGGACUUUAUCGACUUUGUGGUUCUGCUACAAAGAAACGAAUUCUCAGGGAAGCUUUCGAGCGUAACAGCAGGUCUGUUGACCUUACUCCAGAAAACGUUCCUGACAUAAACGUCAUCACUGGUGUCCUCAAGGACUACUUAAGGGAAUUGCCUGAACCAUUAUUUACUAAGUGUCUUUAUCAGAUGAUGGUAGACGCGUUGGGAGUGUGUCUCCCCGACGAUCCUGAAGGAAAUGCCAAGCUCAUGUUCUCCAUACUGGACUGCUUACCGAGAAUUAAUAGGGCAACCCUGAUUUUUAUUAUGGACCAUUUAUCGUUAGUGGUAUCAGCAUCAGACAGGAACAAAAUGUCCGCUCAAAACUUAGCAACAGCCCUAGCGCCUCCCCUAAUGUUACAAUCAAACGAAACAACCACCCCAGGAUGUCGACUGCCAGACCUGGACUACUCCCAACCUAUCAGCUUACUGAAGUACCUUUUGCAAAUAUGGCCUGUACCUAAACAUCGAGGUCGGCGCGCCAAGCUAGCCGAGCAGCGUGGAGACAGUCGCAGUGCGUUGCCUCUGGGAGGUCAACAGAUGGUUCUGGUGCGCGCGCCGUCUCGGCCCUCAGCGGCUCCGUGUCCUCCUCCUCUUCGCUCAGCAGUCUCGGAAUAUCGAGGCCCUGUGCAACAGGUCCAAUCACAUCAGACACUCGACCCAUCAUCAGCAAGCAAAGGUCUCUACCGUCCUCUUUCUCCUCGGGCCGGUCCGCUUCCAUCGGUACCGGCAGGUCUCAAGCCGCGCCAAGUGAUAGUAUCCUCACCAGGUUCGCCAAGCAGUAGCAGCGAUUCUCAAUCGGGUUCCGACUCCGUUAAACACUGUCUGCCACACGGACGCAUCGGUUCGCCCAAAGUGCGCGCCCCCCCAUCGCCCAGCUCUCGUCACUCGCCCUCGAUCGCGAACGGUCCCCAAUCUUCCGCUGCCACGCAGCUGCGAAGCUCGCCUUCGGUCACGCUGUCGAGUCUCCGUAACUCCCCGUCUUCUGCUACGGUCAGUUCGCCGGGUCCGAAGCACUCUCCGUCGAUAAGCAGCUUGGCAAGGGCCUCUCCCUCCCUGAUGUCGGCGUCGGCCACAACCAGGUCCAGCUCUCCCGCCAUGCAAGCAACCUCAGCAGGUCUGAAUGUCACAAUGGCCACAACGACCCCAUCGUUCUCCUCAUCGACCACAAUUAGCAGUACAGCUAGCAACAUUUUUGGAAGCACGUAUACAACACAACAACCGUUAACGUACGCGAGCACAAAUCCAUUUUUAACAGGUGCUUACAUGCAAUACGCUCCAGGCGAAUCCGGUAGUUUCAUGGAGAAGUACAACACGAUAAGUUCGACGAAAGAUUUCUCGAAACCGUUUUCAUUUUCCGAUAGCAGUUAUGGCGAUGCCAACAAGUACAGCACUUUAAAUACGAAGAACAUUUACGGUACAUCAGACUCGCUCUUUGGAACUUCUGAUACACGGUACGACUCUAAGAAUGGUUAUCUUAGUACCGGCGGUUACGGGAGUGAUAAGUACAGUCCAAGCCCCACUCCUAGCAGGGAGAGCAAAACAAGUAGUUUCGAUACGAGUCCUAACGUUACUCAAAGUAAUGGUACUGUCCACCUGACGGUGGAAGAUACUCCCACUCCCACCAGCAGUAUUGAAACGGAGGACAGCACCACUAGAGAGGUUGGCGAGAAAGAUGUUGAGGGAGACGGCGAGCAAAGUGACUAAACGGAGGGAGGUUCUAAAGCAAGCCGACUCUGAUGAUUACCGACAACAAGGGUUGUAAUCUUUGUAUGACAAACUAAUUAUUUCAACUGUGACAACAGGUUAAAGAAAAAUAGUUUACUUAACACAAUUUUCUAUGUUUAACGGGAUGAUAUUGUAAUAAGAUGCAUAUACUAUUACGUGUGGACGUACUGAUAUUUUGCAAGAACAACUGUUGAGUUUAUUAUUAUUAUUAUUAUUACUUAUAUUAAAUUGUCUGCUUGUAGAAUCAAAUUUAACGGUUAGAAUCGUUGUUAAAAAAAUAUAUUAAAAAACUAUAUUAAGUAUAUGCGCAAUGGGAUAUAGAGAAUUAUUACUUCAUACUACUAAUAAUAAUAAUACUAACUACUAAUACUGUACUACUACGUAUAACCGUAGGCGUGUGUGUAUACUAGGAUUUUAGAGAAUGUUUUUUGCACAAUUUCAAGACUUCCUUUUGUUCUGUAACGUUAACGCUUAUAUUCUAAAGAAGACGAUGGAGAAGACUAAGGAGAAAAGUCUUUUACAAGCAAAAAAAACUUGGCGCGACAUAUUGGCGGGGACUGAACUGCACAAAAAAAGAUACUUUGAUGAUCACUGCCAUUAAUUUAAAGUAGGCAGGAUGUACCUAUAACUAGAAAAUUUUUAGCCAAUUUAGCUACGUAACGUACUAAAUAACUAACUAACUAACUAACUAACAAAUACGAUGUAAAAAAUGAAUUUUAGGAAAUACUCGUUAGAAUUAAAAAUUAUAAAAAAAGAAGGCCGUGUUUAUCGGCCGAUUUAAUCACAUCAUUAGAAAAAACCUAAUCAUAAAUGCCACUCAUAUCGCUACUUACUUUUUCUAAAAUAAUGAUAAUUAAAAACAAUGAAACAAAGGAAUAACGAUACCUACUAUCAUCGUACCUAACAUAAUAUCGCUUGUCAUACAACUUUUCGAUCAUCAAUAAUAACAAUAAUAAUAUGCAGGUUCGCAUCCCAAUGGGAUUUGAUGGACAAAAACCAUUAUCCAUUUACUAAUGUAAAUAAUAUUGAUCUACGCGGUCAGCUGUUUUUUCUUUAUAUGUGAUUACAUGACGUAACUAAUAGUGUUCUUCAAAAUUUGUUUACUCAUCUACUAAUUGUUGAUUGACAUUUGUAAUCAAUAUGAUAUCGUAUAUGUACAGAUUGACAAAAACUACUAAUGUUGUAUUGUUAUGUUGACACUUUGCUAACACCAUUUCCGAAAUCAUUUCAUGCUCGCCGUUCAUACACAAAACACAUUUCAUCGAACAAUAUUCUCACAAAAAUGCUUAUACUUUUUUUUGUUAACUAAAAGAAAACACAGAAUCUUAAGGUUUGAUUUGCUUACAACAAGAUGUGGGACCCAACCUAACCUAACGUUUCAGCAAUCUGAAUGGUUUUGACAGCGUUGUUCCAUAAUCGCAUUAACAAUGAGACAUUUAGAAGAAUUUUUGUAAGGUUAAUUUCAAUACA